AUGUCUGACAGCGGAUGGAAUACUAUCGAUUCCGAUGCGGGCGUGUUUACCGAACUUGUUGAGAAAUUGGGUGUGGCAAAUGUCGAGAUCAAUGACUUAUACUCCAUCGAUUCGGAAACGUUACGAGCAUUGCAACCCAUUUACGGAGUAAUAUUUUUAUUCAAGUACGGGAGAAAGGACAGAGAACAUGCAAGUUUGAAUAAGCCCAUAACAGGCGAGUACGAUGCCGAUUAUCAGGAUCAGGGGCUCUUUUUUGCCAAUCAAGUUAUUCAAAAUGCAUGUGCUACGCAAGCAGUGCUUAAUGUGUUGUUCAACGUUGAAGAUGUAGACUUAGGCGAGGAAUUAAACAAUUUUAAACUGUUUGUCACUGGGUUUGAUUCAGAAAUGAUUGGCGAAACAUUAUCCAACAGUGAACUUGUUCGAUCUAUACACAAUUCUUUCCUGACACCUUCACUAAUUGCUCAAGAAGAUAAACCGCCACCACAAGAUUACGAUGAUAAAGACGAUGGCUUGUUUCAUUUUGUUGGGUAUGUGAUGAAGAAUGGCCAGAUAUAUGAGUUAGAUGGGUUGAAGCAGUAUCCGAUCAAGCAUGGUGAAUGCAAUAGCCAAGGUGAAUUUAUUGACAAAUUACCUGGAAUUUUGCAAGAUAGAAUCAACGCAUAUGACGCAAGCGAACUAAGGUUCUCACUUUUGGCAAUAACGAACAACAAGUUAGAGCAAGCACAAGCCACUGGUGAUGAGGUGGAAAUUGCCAACCAGUUGAAUAAACGAGAACUAUGGCAACGCGAAAAUGAAUUGAGAAAGCAUGACUACACUGGGUUGAUUGUACAGUUGUUGAAAAAUAUAAGUAAAGAAAAACCGGACCACGAAUGGGAAGCUUUACUACAAAAGGGUAGAAACAAGACGCAACAAAUGAUUGCCGAGUCAAUAAAGAGAAAGUAA